CAUUCUGUUUGCAUUCAGUAGCUCAGUAGCAGUCAAUAGAAGUGCAACAUGAGAUUCCUGAUCGCUUUCGUCGCCCUCAUCGGCUAUGCCUCAGCUAGCGCCAUCCUAGCUCCAUUGGUCUACGGCGCCAACGCCGGUGACGUCCAGGCCGCAGCCAUCGACGCCACUGUGGCCGCUCAGGACACGGUCCGCGCCAUCGGCGAAGGACAGGCCAGAGCAGCUGAAGCCGUCGUCCAACACAACACCGAGGCCGUCCGCCAGGUCGCCGAAACCAACCGCAACCUCCACGAGAACGCUUACUGGGGCAACCUCGCCGCUUCCCAGAACUACGUUGCCGCCGCUCAAUCCCAGGUCGCCGCCAUUGACGGCGCUGCCGCUGCUGUCCGCGCUGCCCAUGCCGGAGCCCCAAUUGUUGGUGCUUACGGAGUUUCCCUCUACGGAAUCGCCGCUCCAUACACCGCCUACGGCGCUUACGGUCUCGGCCUCCACGCCUGGUAAUCACCGAUCCGAUGCUAGCGUAAUCGCAUUACCAUUUUGAUGCUAGCGUUUUAAUAUUACCGUUUUGAUGCCAGCGUUUUGACAUUACCGUUUUCACGCUAGUGUUAUUACGGAACAAUGUUGGCGUUUUUAUGGUAGCAUUACGCGUCCAAAGCUUUAAUGGUUUUUCAAAUUUCCCCGGAUUUGCUCAACAAAGGUCUCAAACGUAACUCUCUUUGUAAAUAAGUGCGCCAUCACUGCCAAAGUGUAAAUAAACACACUAAAAACAUA